AAGGCGCGAAAGCAGAGCGCUACACUCCCUUUUCAGGAACAGAGAAGCUGAGGGCGGCUCGUGAUGUCUCCGCCGUGCAAGCGCCAUUGCCUCAGUCCCCCCCGCUCGCUGGACUGCAGCUUCCAGAAGCACCUCAAAAAAGUCUCCAUUGAGGGGAACAUCGCUGCAGGAAAAUCUACAUUUGUUCAUUUACUAGAAAGAUAUAAUGAUGAGUGGGAAGUAAUUCCUGAACCAAUUGCUAAAUGGUGCAACAUCCAGACAUCUGAAAAUGAGCACCAAGAACUUUCAACAUCUCAAAAGAAUGGGGGAAACCUGCUUCAAAUGCUAUACAGCAAAUCUACAAGAUGGACAUAUACAUUCCAGACCUAUGCCUGUUUGAGUAGAGUCAAAGCACAACUGAAGCCAGUUUCUGCAAAACUCUAUGAAGCGGAACAUCCUGUGCAGUUUUUUGAGAGAUCAGUGUACAGUGACAGGUAUGUGUUUGCUUCCAACUCAUUUGAAUCAGGAGAUCUCGAUGAAACAGAGUGGGCAAUUUAUCAGGACUGGCAUUCAUGGCUUCUGAACCAAUUUGAGUCCAACCUGGAGUUAGAUGGCAUUAUCUAUCUGCGAACAACUCCUGAGAAGUGUAUGGAGAGACUGAAACGCAGAGGAAGAGAAGAGGAACAAGACAUUCAACUGGAAUAUCUAGAAAAUCUUCACCACAAACAUGAAACUUGGCUUCAUGAAAGGACAAUGAAGGUGGAUUUUGACAACCUUGGGGACAUACCAGUUUUAGUUUUAGAUGUUAAUGAAGACUUCAAAAAUGAUGAAAUAAAACAAGAGUACUUGUUGGAAAAAGUCAAGGCUUUUUUGACUACUUAGCAAACAAAGAUAUUGCUCAAUGGCGACACAUGAAAAACUACAAUUUCUUUGUCCAAUGUAUAUAAACCACUUCCACAGCUGUUUUCUCUAUUUUUACUUGUAAAGAGAAUAAGCUGCUAUAUAACAGAAUCAGAGAACAUAGCCAUAAAAUUAGCAGUUACUAAAGAUCCAGAUUCUUUCAAGAGCCAAUUUGCCUUGAAGAAAAUGAUGACUCGCAUGAACUGCUUCAAAGAUAAUUUAGAAUGUAAUGUUAACAUUUUUCUUGUUACUGGAAAUGUGUGGAGUAUUUAAUGGAGACAUUGUUACAAUGCCUCUACAUAGUAUGCUUUGCAUGUUUUAAAGAUGCUUUAGCUACAAUAAAUAUUUUUUGUAAAUGCA